UAGUCACAGUAACAGUUUCGAUACAGUGCAAGCUCGACGAACUAGCUCCUUGGAAAAAUAAGUGUAAAACUCAAUAUCAUCUCUACUAUCAAUAUCUAACAAAGGAAGUAAUCCCCAUUAAACCAACCGCAAAAUGCCCAGGCGCGGACGUGCUGCAUCUCCACCACCGGUCGCUCGCAGGGCACCUGCACCGGCUGCUGCGUCACCGCCCCUUCAGAAGCAACCCGUCGUGCAUCAGGCUGCACCUGCACCAAUGGCCGCCCCGAUGGCCCCAUCGCAGGGCCCGGGUCUCAUGGCACAAAUGGCGGCUACAGCCGGUGGAGUUGCCAUAGGCUCUGCUGUGGGCCAUACGAUGGGUCACGCCCUAACGGGUAUGUUCAGUGGAUCCGACUCGAAGGAAGCGUCAGCACCGGUUGCAGCGGCACCACAACAGUAUGCACAACCAGCGCCAGCAGCAUCUGAGAGCGGUCCCUGCGCCUGGGAGAUUAAGCAGUUUCUGUCUUGCGCUCAGAACCAGUCCGAUUUGACGCUCUGUGACGGUUUCAAUGAGGCACUCCGACAGUGCAAGGUGCAACACCAUGUGUAGAAUGUGCGUGCAAGGAACGGGAAUAGUUUAGAACGUACCACUUACCACAGAUUCGUUCAAUAGCAAUAAGCAACCGUCAUUAGGUUCGCUGUUAGAAAAGAAAUUGUUUGAAUGAAAUAAAACUAAUUAAAUGCAAUGCGUAACGAUUGAAAGAUCAACUGUCGUGAUAAGCUUAACGAAUCUUAAUUUGCGACACACGGUUUAAUCAUGUUUCCGUGAUGCAUUAAGAGUGGAGUUUCCGAGAUGCAUAGGUCUUGUAAAUGUAUUCACCGCUUUGCACGCCGUAGAUAACGGAAGAAGUGCCGUUCCAAUAAACUCAUCUACCCAUUGGAGGGCGUGGCCGUGUA